AUGUUAGUUGCAGCCCAGCCGGCGGUGGCCGCUUGGGCCGGGCUGGGGCCAGGGCCGAACUGGGAGGCGAGAGGGGCUGAUCUCCCGAAACAAAGUUGCUGGGCUGGUGGCGGCGGGGCGCGGGAGGCGGCGGGGAGCUGGAGCGGCGGCGGCCGGCGAACUGGACCUGCUCGGCCUCCUCCUCCGCCUCCUCUGGAGACCGCGCCCCGGGGUGCCCGGCCGCGAGCCGGUUCCCAGGGGGGCGCCACGGAGCGAUCCUGCGCCCCACCCUUCCUCCUCUGCCUCCAGCGCUCCGCUCCAACAAAGGGGCAGGCCUGCGGGCGGGGAGCGGGAGGAGGGGGAACCGGGAGGAGCGAGCCGCUCGCCCCGAAGUUGGGGAGUCGCCUGGCUCGGCGGCGGAGAGCGGGCGGCCGCUGCCUGCCGCGGGCUUUCUCCGCGCGGGGCGAGGAGGAGCCGGGGCUCCCGCAGCCGAUCGGGGAACCGCCGGGAGCGGCGCCCCCCUGCUUUGGGGCCGUUUCUGCAGACGGAAAACUCUCCGGUGUUUGGCAAACUUGGUGCUCCGCGCCCGUGCCAGUUGCACCACAGAACUCACGCUUGCACACCACCACCCCCGCGAUCACUGCGACCCGAAACACAUCCAAACGAGCCCUCGGCCGGCUGGGGACGCGGCGGCGGCUGGCAGGCGAGGCGGGCGCGCGGUCACGGGAGCAGCUGUGUGUGGAAGAUGGCCUUCCCUCCCUGUCAUAGAUGUGAAAAUGGAGGGCCACCUUAAGGCACAUUGUUAGUGAUGAAACUUCCAUUCUGUCUCCUGACCACCGAUUAUAAACCACUGCAGCAUUUAUCGAUUUAGAAGAAGGUAUCUUUUUUUGCCAUGUUACUCAACCCGGAGUCCCCUGCCAUUCAUGGCAACAAGUGGAAGUUGGUGGCUAGACCUGUUUCUUCCUUCUUCCCAUUCUUCCCUUGUCCUCUGAUCUAUCCCCCUUUCUUCUGUAUCUUUGUAGUAUGUAAAGGAUUUUGAUGAUCAAGCAAGGAAAAUUUGAGAAAUUAUCUUAAGGAGAGUGGCAAAAUAAAAUGUUACAAUCAGCAAAUAUUUAUGUGAAAAGGAAUUAAAGUCCUGUGUAGAGAGUUCACUUUUUUUACGGAGUAGGAUAGAUCUUUGGGAAGCUUUGAAGUGAAGACCUUUGGCUAAGACCAGUUAUAUGGAGAGCAUUAGAAAUAUUUCUCAAAGGGAAUAGUUACUUUCCGGUUAAGAGAAUUUUGUUGGGCAAACUUGAUUUUCUGUAAUAAAAUUUUAUAUGCAUUCCUCUGAA